AUGAGCACCUUCAGCAUAUGCUCUCAGUGCCUUCGAGCAUUGAGACAAAGUGUCAGAACAGAGUCAAAUGUCCGUUGCACUCCCUCAUCAAGCCCUUCCACCUCCAACGGCUCAUUGACUAAGGUGACUGCACAGACGUCACGAAUUCAGAGCUCAUCCGUCUCAAGGCGACGAUAUCUGUCGGUCGCUUCUUCGAAAUGGCAACAAGAAGCUCCUCGAAGCGGAAGUCAAGCUCCACUGGCUGAAUCGCUUCCACCCACCACAGCUCCUACUGUCACGUCGAAUGUAACAGCCUCGUUUCCCACCACCGAACCACAAUCCAAAUCCAAGUCGGAACCACCACCAGAACGAAAAGACAAAUCUUCUGCACAACCCCCCUCCCCCAGUGCCGGUGUAAAUGUGUCACAGAUGCAGCGCCAAAUCCAAUCGCACCUCAGCAAUCCCCCGAGCAAGAGCAUCCCUGCUCGCCUCGCCGAAUCACUUAAGAAAAACAUUCCCGCUGCGACAAGAACCUAUACUAUCUACGGCCAAACCGAAGCGAUAUUCAAAUCUUGCGCCGCACCCGCUGACUACACCAUCCCACAGGACCAACGAAUGAAUAUUCUCACGGGGAAGGGUCCGCCAAAGGCCGCGGCACAAGAGGGCGCGGAACUGGGACAACCUCUGUCCGAAAACAAGGAUUCAUGGUGGUUCAGCACUGUUGAUCUGCCGCCUACAUUCUCGACAUGGUCACAAGUUACAUUCCUGCACAUGUAUGUAAUCGUAACACAUCUGCGCGCGUCGCUAGAAUCCGAGGCCGAGUUUCAGGAUUUCCACCGGUACCUGAUUGAACAUUUUUCGAGGGCCGCGGAGGACAAGAUGAUUCUGUUGCACAACCUCGCCGCCCAGGGAAUGCGGAGUCGAUACCUCAAGGACCUGUUUUUGCAGUACCGGGGGAUUCUGGCGUCGUACGACGAAGGACUCGUCAAGGGAGACGCGGUUCUUGCAAGCGCAAUAUGGAGAAAUCUAUUUCGCGCGGAUGAACAAGUGGAUUGGGAGAAAGUGUCUCUUGUUGUCGCGUACCUGCGAAGGGCAGUAAGAAGAGCCGGCCUGUUGACGCUGGACGACUUACUUGGGUCUUUGCAGAAACAGACCGGGGUCUGGGGAUUCACCCAACACCAACAAGAGCGUGUCCAGCAACUGGUGGCAGAGACGAGCAAGGGCGUGAAUGAGGCUCUUUGA